GGGCUGGAAGGCAGACAUCCAGCAAGGAGGUGGACGUUUUCACCGCAAGUUACGCACAUCGUGAGCUCAAAGGCUGGUGGGGGCUCACCCGCGCUUCCCAAUAAAGGAAGGCGCGGGCUGCCCCGGCUCUCAUUCACGGCGAAGCCGCCGAGGUGCUCGCAAUAGCAGGGAGUUUGCCACUCGCUCGCUCUAGUCCACUCGCACUAGCAGGACUUGGGGCAAGGUCGCUCCCUGCGUGCAGAGAAUCAGCCGAGCCUCUCCGAGUUCCUUCCCGCCUGGGCUUGAGCACCAGCUUCGCGCCGCCUCGUCUCGAGGGGGGAAAAGCAACGAGCCCUGCCGAGGCGCCGCUGCCGCUCGCCCCCGCCGGCACCCCCUUCGUCUGCGCUUCCGAAAAGUUCGGCUCCCUCUCUGGCCCCGGUCUUUCUCGUUUUUUCCUCGUGACCUGGCGCGCUCGCUACAGCAUGCAAGGGGCGGUGGCGCUGAGCCUGGCGCUGGGACUCUGCCUGGCCGCCUGGGGAAGCCCGGCGCCGGGGCUGCUGCAGGAAGAGGCUCUGGUCCUGCCCGUGCGGCUGGAUCCCGGCGCCGGGCAAGGGCAGCGGCAGCAGGGCGAGGCGGGCGCGCGGCUCUACAGCCUGGACGCCUUUGGCCAGCGCCUCCGCUUGGAGCUGCAGCCCGACAGCAGCUUUUUGGCGCCGGAACUGACGCUGCAGUAUGUGGGCAGCCAACCCCGGAGCGGAGAGGAGGAGGAGGAGGACGCCUCCGAACACCCCGUCGGCGCGGACCUGGCCAGCUGCUUCUACUCCGGCACCGUCAACGGGGAGGCGGGCUCCGCCGUCGCCCUUAGCCUCUGCGGAGGGCUCCGCGGGGCUUUCUACCUGAGCGGGGCAGAGUACCUCAUCCAACCGGCCAACCUUUCCCGCCCCCGGGGAGAAGAGCAACCCCAACUUCACGUCUUGAGGCGGCGUUUGCGGAGCACUCUUCACAGCCAGGGCGGCGGAGCUAAGUGUGGGGUGACAGACGAGGGCGACCCUUCCUCCGCCGAAGGCGAGUGGCAGCGGCGGCAGCAGCAGCAAUCAGAGCACGUGCAGCGCGCAGGCAAUAGAAGUGCACGGAGGAAAAGGUUUGUGUCAAGCCCUCGCUAUGUGGAAACCUUACUUGUAGCAGACCAGUCUAUGGCAGAGUUCCAUGGCAGUGGACUCAAGCAUUACCUCCUUACCCUCCUUUCUGUGGCUGCUAAGUUGUACAAGCAUCCCAGUAUCCAGAACUCCAUUAGCUUGGUAGUAGUGAAAAUCAUGGUCAUCUAUGAUGAGCAGAAAGGACCUGAUGUGUCUUCAAACGCCGCCCUCACCUUGAGGAAUUUCUGCAACUGGCAAAAGCAACACAAUCCUCCUAGUGACCGGCAUGCUGAGCACUAUGACACUGCAAUUCUGUUCACCAGGCAGGAUCUCUGUGGUGCCAAGACAUGUGAUACUCUUGGGAUGGCUGAUGUGGGAACUGCUUGUGAUCCAAACCGCAGUUGCUCGGUCAUAGAAGAUGAUGGCUUGCAAGCUGCUUUUACAGCCGCUCAUGAAUUAGGUCAUGUGUUUAAUAUGCCCCAUGAUGAUGCAAAGCAAUGUGUGGGCCUUAAUGGCAUAAACAGAGACUCUCACAUGAUGGCAUCUAUGCUCUCUAACUUGGAUCGAAGCCAACCUUGGUCUCCGUGCAGUGCCUACAUGAUUACUACAUUUUUGGAUAACAGUCAUGGAGAGUGUUUGUUGGACAAGCCUCACAAGCCUAUACAACUCCCUUCUGAUCUGCCUGGAACAUUGUACGAUGCCAAUAGGCAAUGCCAGUUCACAUUUGGAGAUGAUUCCAAGCAUUGUCCUGAUGUGUCCAGCACAUGUACCACUUUGUGGUGUACUGGUACGUCAGGUGGAUUGCUUGUGUGCCAAACCAAACAUUUCCCUUGGGCUGAUGGCACCACUUGUGGAGAUGGAAAGUGGUGUAUGAAUGGCAAGUGUGUGAACAAGACAGACAAGAAGCAUUACGAUACACCUGUCCAUGGGGGCUGGGGCUUAUGGGGAGCCUGGGGAGAGUGUUCAAGGACAUGUGGAGGAGGAGUACAGUACUCCCUGAGAGAGUGUGACAACCCAGUUCCCAAGAAUGGAGGAAAAUAUUGUGAAGGCAAGCGCGUACAGUACAGGUCCUGUAAUAUUGAAGACUGUCCAGACAACGGUGGCAAAACCUUCAGGGAGGAACAGUGUGAAACUCACAAUGAUAUUUCCAAGUCUUUUGGAACUGGGCCUGCAGUGGAAUGGACACCCAAGUAUGCUGGAGUCUCUCCAAAAGACAGAUGCAAACUUGUCUGCCUUGCAAAAGGCACUGGCUAUUUCUUCGUUCUUCAUCCUAAGGUGGUAGAUGGAACCUUAUGUAGCCCAGAGUCCACUUCAGUCUGCGUCCAGGGGCAGUGUGUAAAAGCUGGAUGUGAUCGCAUCAUAGGAUCCAGUAAGAAGUUUGACAAAUGUGGUGUCUGUGGAGGCAAUGGAUCAACCUGUAAAAAAGUGUCUGGGACGCUGUCUAGUUCUAGACCUGGAUAUCAUGAUGUCAUUAUGAUCCCUGCUGGGGCAACGAACAUAGAGGUUAAACAACGAAAUCACAGGGGUGCGAGACAGGAUGGUAGCUUCCUUGCUAUUAAAGCUGCUGAUGGCACUUAUAUUCUUAAUGGUGACUAUACGUUGUCAACACUGGAGCAAGACAUUACCUAUAAAGGCAGUGUUUUGAGGUACAGUGGCUCAUCUGCCUCUCUGGAAAGAAUUCGUAGCUUCACUCCACUGAAGGAGCCUUUGACAAUACAGGUCCUUACAGUGGGUGACACGUUUCGACCUAAAAUCAAAUAUACCUAUUUUGUGAAGAAAACUGCGCAGUCAGGAUCUGAGAAGCCCUCCAGUAAGAAGACGGAAUCUUUCAAUGCAAUCAAGGAGACCAUUUUAUCUGAAUGGAUUAUUGAAGAAUGGGGAGAAUGUUCUAAAUCAUGUGGUACUGGUUGGCAGAGGAGGUCUGUAGAAUGUAGAGACCUUAAUGGACAGCCUGCCACAGAAUGUGCAAAAGAACUCAAGCCAAGCGAUAUCCGCCCAUGUGCAGACACGCCAUGCCCAAGGUGGCAGCUGGGAGACUGGUCUCCAUGUUCUAAGACAUGUGGGAAAGGUUUCAAGAAGAGAUUGUUAAAAUGCCUUUCCUUUGAGGGUGCCACGUUGUCACAUGAAAGCUGUGACCUUUCAAAGAAACCUAAACAUUUAAUAGACUUUUGCCAUGUUACAGAUUGCAGCUAAACCACAGUGGGUUGGGAAAGCUAACCAUAUUGUUUUUUUUCCAGACCAAAGCACUGAAAAUAAGGGUGAAGCAAGGGUCCCUCUGAGGUUCACGCCUGACUUUGCCCCCUCCAUGCAGGGCUCCUCCUCCGCGCACCCACAGCAAUAGUUUUCAGUCCCCUUGGUUCCAGUUGUGAAGGGGGGGUGGAGUCCUGCCCAGUGAGGUUGAAAAUUAGAGGGAAUGUUGGAGUAAAGGGUAACAGUUGUAAUUAGUAUGGAAAACAUUAACAGUGGAUUCACUGAGGGGGAUAGUGCAAAUAAUGUUAGACAGCAUUGAACGGUUUUGAAAAACACACAAAAUAGCCUUUUUACUAGCAAAAUGACAAACCAGUCACUAGCUAUUUCAUCUCCAGUGGAUCAAGCCUUAAGGCAUUACAAUUUCCUCUUUUUUGUCUGUUACAAGUUAAACAAAACAUAGGCAGUGGCCAAGGCAAGUUAAACAAACAUUUUUAUGUCUUAGUGAGGGUUGGGUUUUAUGUUUUGUUUGUUUUCCCCCCUUCAACUUCUGGAGUUUGUAUUGUGGUACUGAUAAAAAUCUCUUUCUUGAUCAAAGUUGGAGAAAGAAAGACAGUUUUUCUCUAAGCUUAAUUAUUGGUCAGAUCUUGCCUACCUCACAAAGACCACCAAAACCACAGUAUUUGAAAAGAAGUUUCAACUUUAUUGCUCAUGGCUGCUAUUGUUUUAGAGAAUAUGUUUUUAGUAUACAGUAAUAUUUUCUAUCUCAAAGCAAACGAGUAUAGUUGUGGCUGUUUGUUUAAUCUCCUGAUGGAUAUAAUGUGGAACUCGUAAUGAUUUGCAUUAUCAUUAAUUAAUUAAUUAAUUGAUUGAUUAGUUGAUUUAGUGAGAUAUCAUUUUCGUGCAGAUGUUAAUACUCAGCCUGCAGAGUUAGAACAGUAACAAUUCCAGAAUUCUUACUGGCUCAGCCUGUGCUCCUUUGUGUGUGUUUGUGGUUCAUACCUCUUCUCCUCCAAAGUACGCUAGUGAAACCCAGAUCAGUUUUGGAAUACAUGCAUAGUUUUUUGUUUGUUUGCUUGUGAAAUGUGUUUUCUUCAUGAAAAUGGAACAUGCUGCCAUUUGAGUUAUAGUAACAGUCACCAUUUUGUUAAGAUAACA